GCAUACGCUGCAUGUGACUGGUCACACGUUCAUCACUAGAGUGAAAUCAAAUUGACAAGUGGCGGCCAUUUUCUCAUGGCUUCCUCUCGAUUCUGCCUUGUAUUAAAUGAUUUCCUGUGUAACUGCGGAGUACACUCAGUACAGCCGCUGCCAUUUUAGAGAUACGUCGUGAAGUAACGGCGUGAGCAAGGUUGCCUUCCUCCUGCAAUCGAGCCACAGACCCAGUGAGCAGCAGACAUCCAAAUUCUGAGUCCCAGGACAAGACAUCGCUACUUAUCGCACCACAGCAAGUUCUAAGUUGCCUUCCUCCUGCAAUCGAGCCACAGACCCAGUGAGCAGCAGACAUCCAAAUUCUGAGUCCCAGGACAAGACAUCGCUACUUAUCACACCACAGCAAGUUCUAAGAGCGGGAGUAUAUAGAAGUACAUCUGAGUCUAUAGAAAAGCGUGGUGAUGAAGAAUAAGCGGUCCCUCACAUCACACGAUGGAUCCAGUAACAGAGAUACCCCAGAGAGAUGUCCCCGUCCUCUGUAUUCUCAGGACUGUACAGAGGAGAAUCGCAGGACCCCACAGGAGGAUCAGGGUGAUAACAUAACUGAUAUUAAGGGAGAAGUGAUGUAUGUGAUGGGUGAUCAGCAGUGUAAGGAGGAGGAAAUCCCUACAGAUAUCAGCACAGCAGAUGGAUGCGCCAGGAAUACCUCAGAGGGACAUCUCAUUUUGUCUCCAGAUUUAAAAAUUGAAGAUAAAAACGUUGUGCAAGAGGCUCCAAGAGAUAUUCCGAUUUCCCUAGAUAUACAUCCAGUAUGUCACAGUAAAGAUAUAUCAUCUGACCCCUCUAAUCAUGAGGAAUGUUCUGAUAAUUCCAAUAUUGCUACAAAUAGUACAGCUCAUACAGGUGACACAGUAUUUCCAUGUUCAAAAUGUGCUAAAUGUUUUAUACAUCAGUCAGCUCUUUUUAGACAUCAGAGAAGUCACAUAAAGGAAAAAUCAUUCUCAUGCUCUGAGUGUGGGAAAUAUUUUACGUUGAAAUCACAUCUUAUUUUACAUCAGAGAAGCCACACAGGUGAGAGGCCAUUUCCAUGUUCUGAAUGUGAAAAAUGCUUUACUAAGAAAUCAAAUCUUAUCAAACAUCAAAGACUUCACACAGGUGUGAAACCAUUUCCAUGCUCUGAAUGUGGGAAAUGGUUUACACUGAAAGCAAGUCUUGUAGAACAUCAGAGAAGUCACACAGGUGAGAAACCAUUUCCAUGUUCUGAGUGUGAGAAAUGUUUUGCACUGAAAUCUAAUCUCCUCAAACAUCAGAGAAUUCACACAGGUGUGAAACCAUUUCCAUGCUCUGAAUGUGGGAAAUGGUUUACACUGAAAGCACAUCUUGUAGAACAUCAGAGAAGUCACACAGGUGAGAAACCAUUUAAAUGUUCUGAAUGUGGGAAAUGUUUUACAUACAAAUCAUGUCUUGUUAUACAUCAGAGACUUCACAUAGGUGUGAAACCAUUUCCAUGCUCUGAGUGUGGGAAAUGGUUUACACUGAAAGCACAUCUUGCAGAACAUCAGAAACAUCACACAGGUGAGAAACCAUUUCCAUGCUCUGAGUGUGGGAAAUGUUUUACAUAUAAAUCACAUCUUGUUAGACAUCAGAGAAUUCACACAGGUGAGAAACCGUUUCCAUGCUCUGAGUGUGGGAAAUGUUUUACAUCUAAAUCACAUCUUGUUGAACAUCAGAAACAUCACACAGGUGAGAAACCAUUUCCAUGCUCAGAAUGUGGAAAAUGCUUUACUGUGAAAUCGAAUCUUAUCAAACAUCAAAGUAUUCACAUAGGUGCCAAACCAUUUCCAUGUUCUGAGUGUGAGAAAUGUUUUACACUGAAAUCUAAUCUCCUCAAACAUCAGAGAAUUCACACAGGUGAGAAACCAUUUCCAUGCUCUGAGUGUGGAAUAGGUUUCACAGAAAAGUGUUAUCUUGUUGGACAUCAGAGAAUUCACACAGGUGAGAAACCAUUUCCAUGCUCUGAGUGUGGAAAAGGUUUCACAGAAAAGUUUUAUCUUGUUGGACAUCAGAGAAUUCACACAGGUGAGAAGCCAUUUUCAUGCUCUGAGUGUGAGAAAUGUUUUGCACUGAAAUCUUAUCUCCUCAAACAUCAGAGAAUUCACACAGGUGAGAAACCAUUUCCAUGCUCUGAGUGUGGGAAAUGUUUUACUACAAAAUCACAACUUGUUGUACAUGAGAGAAUACACACAGGGAAGAAACCAUUCCUAUGUUCUGAGUGUGGGAAAUGUUUUACUACGAAAUCACAACUUGAUAUCCAUGUCAAAACACACAGAGGUGAGAAACCAUUUUCAUGUUCGGAGUGUGUGAAAAGUUUCACAAGUAAAGCGGAUUUAAUUAACCAUCAGAGAACUCACACAGGUGAGAAACCAUUUCCAUGUUCUGAGUGUGGGAAAUGUUUUGCAAAGAAAUCAUAUCUUGUUGUCCAUGAGAGAACACACACAGGUGAGAAAUCAUUUUCAUGUUCUGAGUGUGGUAAAUGUUUUACUGGCAGAUCAUCUUUUGUAAAUCACCAGAGAAUACACACAGGUGUGAAACCAUAUUCAUGUUCUGAGUGCGGGAAAUGUUUUACAGCUAAAUCAAUUCUUGUUGCACAUCAGAGAACUCACACAGGCGAGAAGCCGUUUAAAUGCCCUGAGUGCGGGAAAUGUUUUACACAGAAUUGCAGUCUUAUUGAGCAUCAGAGGACUCACUUAGCUAAGAAACCAUUUCUAUGUUCCGAUUGUGAUAAAGGUUUUACACGGAAAUCUCAUCUUGUUAGACAUCAGAUAGUUCACAAAUAGUGGCAAAGCAUUUACCAUGAUCUAAUAGACAUGAAGUGAGGUUGCAGUUAUUUUUUUUCCUCCAUGUUUUAUUAAUGUGAAUGAUAAAUAUAGAAGGUUUGUAUACAUUUACAAAAUGUUUACACCAAGGUAUAUUGAAAUCAUGUUAUGAAGUACAGUUUCAGUCACACAGUAAAUGUAUAUUAUCAUGCUAUACUACUUUUACCUUCCACAGACAUAGGUGGAAUGUGUGUAACAUUAGACAAGAACAUAUUGCUUGUGUGAAAUUUCUGUAUUCUAUUAGAUAUUACUACUCCACAGCAGCAACAGACUACAUUGUUAUUAUAGGGUCCUAGGCAAUAUAUAAAAUCCAGGCAAUGGGCUGGAGAUACUGUGUGGGAACUGUUACAUUGUGUUUUGUGUGCGCAUGUAUGGACUUCGGAGUUAUGAAGAAUGUUCAGAGGGUGGAAACUGCUAAAACAAAUAUAUGGACAUACAUAUUCAUCAAGCCACUCAUAAUUAUAUCCAUGCUUAUGUUACAUUUUCUGCAGUGUAAUUUAGGGCUGUGCAAAUUGCAGAAGGCCACACUUAUUGAAUGGCACUAAGCCUAGAGAGAAAAAGGCCUUCCCUUCCUCUCUAAACUAGGCAGGUGUGUGUCUGAUGCAGCAGCCAUUUUGUGUCACAUUUUAGCUAAAAGCAUGUUAAAUGAUGUAUUAAAUGUGUGUUGAGAUUAGUAUUUUUGUCUCUGCAGGUGUAAUUACAGGUUGAGUAUCCCUUAUCCAAAAUGCUUGGGACCAGAGGUAUUUUGAAUAUGGGAUUUUUCCUUAUUUUGGAAUAAUUGCAUACCAUAAUGAGAUAUAAUGGUGAUGGGACCUAAAUCUAAGCACAGAAUGCAUUUAUGUUGCAUAUACACCUUAUACACACAGCCUGAAGGUAAUUUUAGCCAAUAUUUUUUAUAACUUUGUGCAUUAAACAAAGUGUGUCUACAUUCACACAAUUCAUUUAUGUUUCAUAUACACCUUAUACACACAGCCUGAAGGUAAUUUAUUACAAUAUUUUUAAUAACUUUGUGUAUUAAACAAAGUUUGUGUACAUUGAGCCAUCAAAAAACAAAAGUUUCACUAUCUCACGCUCACUCAAAAAAGUCUGUAUUUUGGAAUAUUCCGUAUUUCGGAAUAUUUGGAUAUGGGAUACUCAACCUGUACCUGCGGAGAUAUGCAUACGUUAAAUUGCUAUAUAUGUUGUUUUAGCAAUAAGGCUUAUGGAUUUAAAAAGUAUAAUUUUCCCACAUACAGAGUGACUGAUGACAGCAGUUCAGAGUUCUCACAUGAACAAAUGAGCUAACUGCAUGUAACUGCAAUAAGCAGACAUGACGGGCAAACUGGUGACUAUGUUGGAUUCUUUGCAUUGGAACAAGAAAGAUAACGCAGAAAUAUAUCAAUGUUAUGUCUAAGGCAUAGAUGGCCAAUGAAAACUUAAUACGUCUGAAUAUUAAUUGGAUUUAUAAACAAAAUCAGGGUAUAAAUGUGAGCAGAGAAGAGGGGGGGGCAGUUGGAUAAGAGGAGAAAAUGCAGAAGGAGGGUCGGGGGUGCAGUUACGUAUUGAUGAAGGAAAAUCAAAUGUACAUCUGUAUUGCCUCAGAAAUUGUGCUUUUAAAACUUAUAGCUUUUAGCAUCUGUAACUAGCAUCUUAAUUUCCAUAAUAGAGUUAAAUUCUCCUGAAGAGAGGUUUUCUGUCAACCUUUGUUCUAUCAUCUAAGAGAGUUCGUAUCUGUCAGUAGAGACCCUUGUAUUUAGAUAACCAGAACCUAAUGACAUUUCUCUAUCGUCCUAGUGGAUGCUGGGGUUCCUGAAAGGACCAUGGGGAAUAGCGGCUCCGCAGGA